AUGUCGCUUCCUUCGUCAAAAAAGACCCACAGCGAACGGCACAAGCAGAUUUUGAAGCUGCUCCUCCGUGAGCCGGCUAACAAGUCCUGUGCCGAUUGCAAAACCGCCCAACACCCCCGCUGGGCUUCCUGGAACCUCGGUUGUUUUGUGUGUAUUCGUUGCUCUGGAAUCCACAGAUCUAUGGGCACACACAUCUCCAGGGUAAAAUCGGUGGAUCUCGACGCCUGGACAGACGAACAGGUAGAGCUGAUGUUGAAGUGGGGGAACGCCAAAAGCAAUGGUUACUGGGAAGCCAAGCUUCCUGAGGGCUACAUUCCAGACGGCCUGAAGAUCGAAAACUUCAUCAGAACCAAGUACGAUAUGAAGAAGUGGGCUGGGCCCGGAGCGCCUAAUGCCGGUAACGUGGCUCCUAAGGCUGCGCCAGUGGUGAAUAGCAACUCUGGAAGCUCGUCGUCCGCCUCGGUGUUGAAUCAACCAAGACCAGCAAAUCAGGGUUCCCAGCCAAGAACUGCAAGAGCUCCUCCGCUGGAGCUGCUUCUAGACGAUGACUGGGGAACGUUCUCGCUGGCUCUGCCUUCCCCAGCAGCCAAACCAGCGUCGAUCGCUACUAGAGGAUCCACUCAGCUGCUUCCAGCUCAAACAAAGCCUCAACCUCAGGUACCAAAGCAGCUCCAAACUCAGGAAACGGCGCCUCCAGUGCCUCAGAAGAACGGCCGCACGGACCUAAAAAAGCUGAUCUUGUCGCUCUACUCGCUGCCCUCUUCGUCCAACUCAAACGUUUCGCUGUUCUCCAGCAGCCAGACAUUCCAGGCUCCACCGACCCAAAGAGCGCCACAGCAGCAGAACACAGGCUCCUUGGGCGACCUUGCUGGCCUCUACUCCCAAACUCCCGUUUCCACUCCUGCUCCUCGUGAACCGGUCAACCAGCUUUCGGACUCUUUGCAUGGCUUGAGCUUUACGUCGCCAAGCUUGAACCAACCCAAGCCCCAGGAGCCCAAGCGUUCCACCCAGGCUCCUCCCAAGCCUGCGCAAAAGUCUCCGUGGGAAAGCAACAAUAGCAUCAACGAAUGGUCAUCGCCAAUUCCCUCGCUGAACCUGCCCCCGCCAUCCAACGAAUGGGCCCAAGCCAGCGUGCUUCCUAAAACCACCAUUGGAGCGGCUACGCCAGGCCAGUUCAGCUCCACGUUUGACGACGACUUGUUCAAGAACGUGUGGAGCUGA